CAUUGAAGAAGAAGAAGAACCUUUUCGGUUGGAAACCUUUACUGGAUAAGCGUUUUCCUACCGGAGCGUUAUUCCGGCUGCUUCAGCAGAAUAACUUACAUUCAUCAAAGCAAUGAGAAGAGAAAAGCAUGUUACGGAAGCUGUGCUGUGUGAUUCUACUCAUCAUCCAGCGGGAUACAGAAAGUACACAGGUGAUUGGAGGAUGGAGGACUGUGGUACAGGGGGAGGAUGUGGACUUAUACUGCAGACUGAUAGAGACAACUGAGGACCUCGAACAGAUAACAUGGCAGAAAAGUACUGCGGAAGAAACACAGAACCAUAAUUUUAUGCUGAUUCAUCCCAAUGGGGGUACUAAAUUUAUUGCACCGAAUGGAUUGAGUGGUAGAGUCCAGUUUAUUGGGAACCCAUCAGAGAACCUUGGAUCUAUUCGAAUAACAGCUGUCAGACUGUUGGAUGAAGGCACCUUCACAUGUAUCUUCAGUGUUUUCCCCAGUGGAGCAUACAUUACAGAGAUACUUCUGACUGUGCUAGUUCCUCCAGUGGUGAGUGUGACAGUUGAUGUUGCUCCUGUCAUUGGUGAGAAUGAGGUUGUCUUGGCAACCUGCGUGGCUGCUGGUGCCAAGCCACAGGCAGAAGUGACAUGGAAGACCGGUGAAUUCGGCAGUUUGUUCAGGACAGUGACUAACUCCACCCAGCACACCAACGGAACCACCACAGUACUCAGCCACCUGCUCGGGGUACCAACCAAGGCAGCCAAUCAGCAGCAGGUCCAGUGUGUGGUUAACCAGUCUGCCCUGGCAACAGAGAAGACCUACAACUACAGCAUAAACAUCUACUAUCCACCUCAGUCAUUGAACAUUACCCUUAGUGAGACCUCUAAAGCCACAGUCUUACUAUGUGUAGCAGACGGCAACCCACACCCCAACUACACCUGGAGCAGAGUGGUCCAGCCAUGGCCUGGGUCUUCAGUGAGAGCAGAGGGAGACAAACUGCACUUCCUCAGUCUCAGCUCUGAGCUGAAUGGUCUCUUUGUCUGUGAGGCCUCCAACCCCUACGGACGAGCAACUGGCUUCCUUUAUGUACACACAUCCUCUGAGACAUCUGCUGCCUGUUGGGUUCUACUGGUCAUUCUAUGUCUGAUUGUUUCUGCUGCACUUGGAUGGUUCUGGUGGAAAUACGGACAGUUUCCUUGGAGUUCAAUAAUGGCCAAGGCACCAGAACAGACUAUAUCAGUAUCUUCCAAGACGAGGAGACAUGACAAGGUUGAGGAAGGUGAAGAUGACUCAUUGGCUGCAACUGUCCAAACCAGGAAGGAGCCUGAGGAAGAGGAAGAAGUAUCAUGAUGACAUUGGAAACCUCUACUCCAUCACCGCUUCACCCAGUGCUGGUCCUCGUUUCAGAUUUUUGUUCCCCUCUCGUGGAUUCCGCCUUGCCGUGGUUGAGGGGCUUUAUUGCUUCAGCGGGAACAUCAACUCUCCUGUAUGUAUGUACAGUAUGAAUGUACAGUAUGUAUGUACAGUGCUUUCAGAAAGUGUUCAUACCACUUGACUUAUAUUUUGAUGUGUUGCAGCCUGAAUUUAAAAUGAAUAAAACAUAUUUUUUCCUCACUCAUCUACACAUAAUGACAAAGUGAAAACAUAUUUUUUGAAAAUGAAAUACAGAAAUAUCGAAUUUACAUAAGUAAUCACACACAUAAGUAAAUACAUGCUAGAAUCACCUUUGGCAGUGAUUACAGCAUUAAGUCUUUCUGGGUAAGUCUCUAAGAGCGUUGCACACCUGGAUGUACAAUAUUUGGACAUUAUUACAAUUCUUUAAGCUCUGUAAAGUCGGUUAUUUAUCACUGCUAGACAGCCAUUUUCAAGUCUUACCAUAGAUUUUCAAGCCAGAAUAAGUAAAAACGUUAACUAGGCCACUCCCGAACAUGUAAUGUCGUCUUGGUACGUAACUCCAAUGUAUAUUUGGUCUUGUGUUUUAGGUUAUUGUUCUGCUGUAAUGGGAAUUUGUCUCCCAGUAUCUGUUGGAAAUCAGACUGAACCAGGUUUUCCUCUAGGACACUGCCUGUGCUUAGCUCUAUUCCAUUUAUUUUUAUACAAAAUAACUCCCUGGUCCUUGCCGAUGACAAGCAUACCCAUAACAUGAUGCAGCCACCACCAUGCUUGAAAAUAGAGUAUGAAGAGUGGUUCUCAGCGAUGUUUUGUGUUGGAUUUGCCCCAAACAUAAUACUUUGUAUUCAGGACAUAAAGUUAAUUUCUUUUCACUUUAGGAUGCACAAGAUGCAUGUUUUGGAAUAUUUUUUUCUGUAGAAAGUUUCCUACUUUUCACUCUGUCAUUUAGGUUAGAAUUGUGGAGUAACUGCAAUCCAUCCUCAGUUUUCUCCUAUCACAGCCACUAAACUCUGUAACUGUUUCAAAAUCACCAUUGGUCUAAUGACAUCCCUGAGCGGUUUCCUUCCUCUACUACGGCAACUGAGUUAGAAAGGACGCCUGUAUCUUUGUAGUGACUGUGUGUAUUGAUACACCAUCCACAGUGUAAUUAAUAACUUCACCAUGCUCAAAGGGAUAUUCAAUGUGUCUGCUUUUUUUUACCUGUCGACCAAUAGGUGCCCUUCUUUGCAAGGCAUUGGAAAACCUCCAUGGUCUUUGUUGUUCAAUCAGUGUUUGAAAUUCACUGCUAGACUGAGGGACCUUAUAGUAACUGUAUGUGAGGAGUACAGAGAUGAGGUAGUCAUUCAAAAAAUCAUUUGAAACACUAUUAUUGGACACAGAGUGAGUCCAUGUAACUUAUGUGACUUGUUAAGUAACUUUUUUUCUCCUGAACUUAGUAACUUUUUUUUUCUCCUGCCAUAACAAAGGAGUUGAAUAAUUAUUGACUCAAGACAUUUCAGCUUUUCAUGUAUUUUUUGAAUCAUAUUUCCACUUUGACAUUAUGGGGUAUGAUGUGUAGGCCAGUGACACAACAUCUAAAUGUAAUACAUAUUACAUUCAGACUGUAAAACAACAAAAUGUAGAAAAUGUCAAGGGGUGUGAAUACUUUCUGAAUGAACUGUACUGUACGUGUUGAAGCCAACUAAAGGGAGUCCUGGUAUAAGCUAAAUGACAUAUGUAUGAAAUGGAGAACCUUGUCAGUUACAACUACUGUACACACACCUUUGGCUGAUGGUACUACUUGCGGCGGCUCCAAAAUAAAUGAAUUUAUAUUACGCGGUUAUACAGUUUUGGUACAGCGAGCAGUUAUACUGUAAAAGGAACCAUGAAACCAGGUAAUCCACUGGGAACAGAAGCUCCUUAUGAUCCACGCAUUAAUCCUAUCCCUCAUUAACGCUGUAUUAUUUGUUGUUUUAGAUUAGUAUUAGUGUAGCAUGGCAUUUUUGGCCACCAGUAGUUACUGUAGGUAGUUAGUAGUUAGAAUGCAGGUAUUUUUUUCACUACAUUAGUAGUUACAAUGCCAAUGGUUUACUACGUUAGUAUUCAAGGCCUUGCUUUGGUUAGUUCACUCUAAUGUCCUUGUUUUUCAGCCUUGGAAAUAGGAACAAACAGGGACAAGCUGUAGCUUGGAGUCGGCCUCUUAUCAAGUUGAAAUAUGCUUAAAGAGGAACCUAGUCUGCACACUUGCCUUUUUUUUAAUCAACAAUGAGAGACAGGUAUGUGGGUUUAGGGGUGGUGGUGUGUGUGUACAGUACUAGUCCGUACAUGUCUUUGUGUUAAUUGGUUGGUUGCUAAUUAAACAUACACUACCGUUCAAAAGUUUGGGCUCACUUAGAAAUAUCCUUGUUUUUGAAAGAAAAGCACAAUUUUUGUCCAUUAAAAUAACAUGAAAGUGAUCAGAAAUACAGUGUAGACAUUGUUAAUGUUGUAAAUCACUAUUGUAGCUGGAAACGGCUGAUGUUUUUUUUAAAUGGAAUAUCUACAUAGGCAUACAGAGGCCCAUUAUCAGCAACCAUCACUCCUGUGUUCCAUUGGCAAGUUGUGUUAGCUAAUCCAAGUUUUUCAUUUUAAAAGGCUAAUUGAUCAUUAGAAACCCAUUUUGCAAUUAUGUUAGCACAGCUGAAAACUGUUGUGCUGAUUUAAAGAAGCAAUAAAAAUGGCCUCCUUUAGACUAGUUGAGUAUCUGGAGCAUCAGCAUUUGUAGGUUUGAUUACAGGCUCAAAAUGGCCAGAAACAAAGAACGUUCUGCUGAAACUCAUGAGUCUAUUAUUUUUCUGAGAAAUGAAGGCUAUUCCAUGCGAGAAAUUGGCAAGAAACUGAAGAUCACGUACAACGCUGUGUACUACUCCCUUCACAGAACAGCACAAACUGUCCCUAACCAGAAUAGAAAGAGGAGUGGGAGGCCCCGGUGCACAACUGAGCAAGAGGACAAGUACAUUAGAGUGUCUAGUUUGAGAAACAGACGCCUCACAGGUCCUCAACCGGCAGCUUCAUUAACUUCUACUUGCACACAAUCCCGGAUCCGGGAGCACCCUCAUCAGUAAAAAAGCUGACUAGCAUAGCCUAGCAUAGCGUCACAAGUAAAUACUAGCAUCUAAAUAUCAUGAAAUCACAAGUCCAAGACACCAGAUGAAAGAUACACAUCUUGUGAAUCAUUUCUGAUUUUUAAAAGGUUUUACAGGGAAAACACAAUAUGUAUUUCUAUUAGCUAACCACGAUAGCAAAAGACACAACUUUUUUUUUUCACCAUUUUUUUACUGCAUAGGUAGCUAUCACAAAUUCGACCAAAUAAAGAUAUAAAUAUUCACUAACCAAGAAACAACUUCAUCAGAUGACAGUCCUAUAACAUAUUUAUUGUAUAGCAUAUGUUUUGUUAGAAAAAUGUGCAUAUUUCAGGUAUAAAUCAUAGUUUUACAUUGCAGCCACCGUCACAACUCUCACCAAAGCAGCUGGAAUAACUACAGAAACCAACAUGAAAGACCUAAAUACUCAUCAUAAAACAUUUAUGAAAAAUACACGGUGUACAGCAAAUUCAAGACAAACAUCUUGUGAAUCCAGCCAAUAUUUCAGAUUUUUUAAGUGUUUUACAGCGAAAACACAAUAUAGCAUUAUAUUAGCUUACUACAAUAGCCAACCACACAACAGCAUUGAUUCAAGCCAACAGUAGCGAUAACGAAUAAACCAGCAAAAGAUAUUAAUUUUUUCACUAACCUUCUCAAACUUCUUUAGAUGACAGUCCUAUAACAUCAAAUUACACAACACAUAUAUGGUUUGUUCGAAAAUGUGCAUAUUUAGCGGCACAAAUCGUGGUUAUACAAUAUGAAUAGUAGCCAAAAUGCAAACAAAAUGUCGGGAGAAAUCUUGGGAGAGGCACCUAAUCUAAUCAAUAACUAAUCAUAAACUUGACUAAAAAAUACAGGUUGGACAGCAAAUGAAAGAUACAUUAGUUCUUAAUGCAACCGCUGUGUUAGAUUUUUAAAAUUAACGUUACUACGACAUACAGCGUGCGUUAAAGCGAGACCGCACCGAAAUUAAUGGCGGAAUAAUAAUUGAACAUUUUUCAACAGAAAUAUGAAUUCACAUCAUAAAUAGUUCUUACUAUUUGAUGAGCUUCCAUCAGAAUCUUGUGCAAGUUGUCCUUGGUCCAGAAUAAUCGUUGCUCGGUUGUAGAUUGUCGUCUUCAACUUUGGAAUUAGCAGCAAACAUUAGCCAUGUGGCGAAGACAUGUCCAACUCACCAUAACGCAGAACAAAUAUAAUACCGAAAAUCACAAUAUACUGAUAUAAACUGAUAUAACUCGGUUUAAAGUAGCUACAUUAUGAUGUUUUUAACACCUAUAUCGAAUAAAAUCAGAGCCGGAUAUAUCUAACGCCUAUAACGAGAGCUUUUCCGAAUGCAAUCCUGAGGUCUGUCUUGCGCCAUGACGAACGUUGAAAAGACUGCACACCCGGUUCCAAGAGCUUUUAUACGGCCCCAGAUCUACCUAGACACCCCAUUUCAAUUCUCACUGCUUACUGACAUCUAGGGGAAGGCGUAUGCAGUGCAUGUCGACCCAUACAUUACAUGAAAUUAAUAAACUGACCCUGGAACAGAG